AUGGUGGAAGCUCAAUCAUGGACGACACGGCGGAUGAGCAACCCGAGAUUCGACGCCGCCGGAACCGCCGUACCAACCGUCAUAGACAUCCCCGGAACACCACCGCACUCUUCAGCUUCCUCAACUGGAAAACCCUUCUUCCUCUCUUCACCAACCGUAUCUCCGUCAGUUCUCACGGCGGCGAUAAUCGCAGCCUGGUUCGGUUCAAACAUCGGAGUCCUCCUCCUGAACAAAUACCUCCUUUUCUAUUACGGUUUUCGCUACCCGAUCUUCUUAACCAUGACGCACAUGCUAUCUUGCGCCGCUUACAGCUCCGCCGUGAUCAACAUCGCCGGGAUAGUGCCACGUCAGCAUAUCUUAUCUCGCCGGCAGUUUCUAAAGAUCCUAUCUUUAUCGGCGAUAUUCUGUCUCUCCGUCGUGUGUGGGAACACUUCGCUGCGUUACAUUCCGGUUUCUUUUAAUCAAGCGAUCGGAGCAACGACGCCGUUUUUCACCGCCGUCUUCUCUUUUCUUAUUACAUGUAAAACAGAGUCCACCGAAGUUUACUUAGCUCUGCUUCCGGUCGUCUCCGGCAUCGUUCUCGCUUCUAACUCUGAACCUUCUUUUCAUCUCUUUGGUUUCCUCAUCUGUGUCGCUUCCACCGCCGGUAGAGCUCUCAAAUCCGUCGUCCAGGGGAUUAUUCUGACGUCGGAAUCCGAGAAGCUACAUUCGAUGAAUCUUUUGCUUUACAUGGCUCCAAUGGCAGCUUGUAUCUUACUACCAUUUACGCUUUACAUCGAAGGAAACGUAUUAAGGAUCCUAAUCGAAAAGGCGAGGACGGAUCCAUUGAUCAUCUUCUUGCUUGCCGGGAAUGCAACAGUUGCAUAUUUAGUAAAUUUGACGAAUUUCUUGGUGACAAAGCACACAAGUGCUCUCACUUUGCAGGUUUUGGGAAACGGAAAAGCCGCGGUGGCUGCCGGAGUUUCGGUUCUGAUAUUUAGGAAUCCGGUGACGGUGAUGGGGAUUGCCGGAUUUGGAGUCACGAUUAUGGGAGUGGUUCUUUAUAGCGAAGCUAGGAAGAGGUCCAAAUUGCUUAACCAGAAAUGA